UUCUGUCAAUCUAUUCAUGUUUGUCUUUCUCUAGUUGUCUUGUUUACUCUCUCUCUUUAAUCUCCCCCUCCAAACAUUUCUCCUAAUUUCUGCUUUCUGUCUCCUUCUUUCCCAAUCGCUCCCUCUCUCUCUCGUUUUUUUCCGUUCUUUUCUAGUUUCAGACCAGAACUGCGCUCGAUAAAUGGGGUCCUGUUAAUGUCUUGUACAGCUGUAAUGUAAUAUCACAGCUGAGCGUCUUGUCCCAUGUAGGCGAGCGCGCCAAACCUUCUCCACCACCCCUGGCGAAGAGCGAAGAGAACUUUGCCACAUAUUGUUGACACAUUUCCAGCGCUUCUCCCCUCGGUGACCAGUUGCCCUUAGCAACUCGAGGCCAGCUCCAGGAAGUCCGGCGAUAAUUAGAUCCCACCCAGUGUCGGUUCCAUCAAAUAUUAAAUCCCUCUCAUUAGCCGGAUUAGAGCGAGGUCGGGGGCAUCCUCUCGACGGUGAGAACAGCUUCGCUCGUGAUCUCGAAGGUGGGUGGUAGAUUCGGAGAGGGGAGCCACGGUGGAGAGGACGAGAACGGAGCGGAGGAGCUGAAGGAGAGCGGAAGGCUCGGCCUCCCUCCAACACUCGGGACAUCUGUGGGUUGGGUGUGAGCGUGUCCGCGGGACGUCCGGAGAAGAGGCUCGCCUGUCCCUGCGGCUCCCGGGGGCGGGAGCGAGACCGGACCAUUUCCCGGUUUGAGGCUCACGCCUCUUGAUGUUGAAGUUGGUUUGGCGUAACCCACCCUGGUCCGACCCGACAAACAGGCUGUGCAAGUUCACUCGUGUUGCAGGAGGAGGAGAUUUGAUCUUGUUUUACAAUGCGAAGUGUCUUUGGAUUCUGCUAAUUCACCUGGAGGGAAAGGCCGCUCCGAUUACCUAGGUGUCGUCUCAGGCCACCCGUCCCGACAGCUGGCUAUCGAUUUGCGGAGGUCUCCACACAUUCACUAGAAUUUGGACUUGCAGGGAGAGCUGGGACUCUGAUCCUCACUGAUCUGGUGGGCAAUGGCGUCUGUGUGUAAAGGACUGUGAGGCAAGGGGAGCGCUGGUUGAGCUGGUGGGAGCUGGAAGCAAGUCCUGCACGGUGGCUGUGUGGAGGGCCAUGUCCGGUGCGGCAGGGUGGCCGCCGGGCAGGAGGGGGAGGCGGUCAGACGCGCCUCGUCCUGACCAUCACCUGUAUGAGUCCUACCAUCGGGUCAGCCAGCAGUUUCCACUGCUGGUGCUGCUUCUACUCGUCAUCAGUACGGCUUCUAUUGCCCUGAUCAUCCUCUUCUUCAGCCGAGGACUGGAGGUCUCGGAGAAUGUGGCUUUCUUCGCCACUGUCGUCGUGGCUCUCGGAGUCUUCCUGUGCACACUGGGCCUGGCUUACGUGGACCUGGUGUUCAGCAGGGGCAUGAAGGCCCUAUCGCUGCUGAUCUGGGCCUGUCUAGUCGCUAUGGGUUACGUCUUCAUCUUCGAAGGGCCCGUCGUCAAUGCCUGGGAUCAGGUUUACUUUUUCCUCUUCAUCACCUUCACGGUCUACACCAUGCUGCCCCUGUCCGUGAUGGAGGCAGCCAUCGCCAGCAUCCUCAGCUCCGUCUCGCACAUCGUGGUGCUGAGCGUGUACCUCCCCCUGACGUGGCCUACCCAGGCACUGCUGCCUCACCAGCUGCUGGCCAAUGCCGUGAUCUUCCUGUGCGGAAACUUGGUGGGUGCCUACCAGAAGCUGCAGAUGGAGCGAGCCCUGAGGAAAACUUUCAAGGACACGCUCAACUGUCUCAAGUCCCACGUGAAGCUCGAAUCUCAGAAGAGGCAGCAGGAUCACCUCCUCCUGUCAGUGCUGCCGGUCUACAUCGCCCUGGAGAUGAAGGCGGAGAUCAUGGAGCGUCUGAAGGGUCCCAAGGAGGGCCAGCCCCAGGUGGAGAGUGGUAACAACUUCCACAACCUCUACAUCAAGCACCACAAGGAUGUGAGUAUCCUAUAUGCAGACAUCGUGGGCUUCACGCGACUGGCCAGCGAGUGCUCGCCCAAGGAACUGGUGCUGAUGCUGAACGAGCUUUUCGGCAAGUUCGACCAGAUCGCCAAGGACAAUGAAUGUAUGAGAAUUAAGAUCCUGGGUGACUGUUACUACUGUGUCUCUGGGCUACCUGUCUCCCUCCCCACCCACGCCAAGAGCUGCGUCAGGAUGGGGCUGGACAUGUGCCGGGUGGUGAGGAAGCUGCGGGACGCCACGGGGGUGGACAUUAACAUGCGGGUUGGGGUCCACUCAGGGAACGUCCUGUGUGGGGUCAUCGGCCUCCAGAAGUGGCAGUAUGAUGUCUGGUCACAUGACGUCACCCUGGCCAAUCACAUGGAGUCAGGUGGCAUCCCUGGCCGCGUCCACAUCACUGCCUCCACGCUCGCCCACCUCGGAGGAGCGUUUGAGGUGGAGGAGGGGAACGGACAUCUCCGGGACCCGUACCUGAAGGAGAGCAAUGUGACCACCUACCUGGUCAUCGACACCUGGUUCCAGGAAGAGCCUGGCAAGGAGUCCCUGACCCCAGACUGGGACGAGUGUGCCAAGAUCCGUGCCUCUGUCCGGAUGACCCGCUACCUGGAGUCGUGGGGAGCGGCCAAGCCCUUCGCCCACCUCCGGCACCGGGACAGCCUGCCGGUGGAGAGCCCGAGCAUCAACCGCUUAAUGAGGCAGGACAUCCCGAUGGGAAACGUCGGCCCGCACCGGAACAUGGACAGGGGCCGCUGGCAGCGAGGAUUGGAUGAGGCUGUUCACGAGAAGAUCAGCGAGGUCAUCGAUGAGCUGAACUCCCAGAGCUGGCAGAGUGACCGGUCCGAACACUUAAACCCCUUCACUCUUUACUUCAGCACCAAGGCAAUGGAGAAGCAGUAUCGCUUGAGUGCGGUGCCAGGGUUCAAGAGCUACACGGCCUGUGCGGCAUUGACCUUCACCUCCAGCUUCAUCGUGCAGGUGCUGGUUUCGUACAAGAACAUGGCGCUGGGAAUCUCCUAUGGUGUGACCUUCUUCCUCUUCCUCCUGGUCCUCUUCACCUGCUUCGCCGGCGACUUCUCGAAGUGUACGGAGAAGGGGCCCACAGCCUUCCAGUGGAUUACCUCCAUCUCGGCCUCGGUCACAAGGAAGCCCUGGCUCCACAUCCUCCUAGCAACCAUCACCAUGGCAACCGUGCUGGUCAUGGCGGUCUUCAACCUGUUCUUCCUCCCGAAGCCCACGGGACGUGACCCCUGCAUGGAAUGGAAUGCCUCCCUGUCGAUAAAGAACCUCACGGAUGGGACAAAUGGAGUAGAGGUUCUCCUCACAGUCCCGUAUUACAUGUGCUGCUGCCUCCUGGGCUUAUUGAGCUGCUCCCUUUUCUUUCGGGUGAACUUUGAACUCAAGAUGGCCUUGAUGUUCCUGGCCCUUGUGAUCUACAAUGUCAUCUUCCUCCACACACACGCCUGGAUGUCGGAAUUGUACGUCUGCAUCCUCUAUCCCAAUUCUACGCUGAGGGAUCAAAGGCUGAGUGUCCUGAAGGAUCCGAAGGUGAUGGGCAGCUUCUCGUUCUUCAUCUUUUUCUUCAUGCUGCUUGUCCUGGUGAGACAGAAUGAGUAUUCCUGCCGGCUGGACUUCCUGUGGAAGAGCAAGUUUCGUCGGGAGCAGGAGCAGAUCGAGACGAUGGAGAAUCUGAACCGUGUUCUGUUGGAGAAUGUCCUCCCUACACACGUGGCAGCCCAGUUCAUUGGACAGAACCGCAAGAAUGAGGACCUCUACCACCAGUCCUACGAAUGUGUCUGCAUCCUCUUUGCCUCCAUUCCUGACUUCAAGGAGUUCUACUCGGAGACCGGUGUCAACCAUGAGGGGCUCGAGUGCCUCCGGCUCCUGAACGAGAUCAUUGCCGACUUUGAUGAGCUCCUCUCAAAACCCAAGUUCAGUGGCGUGGAGAAGAUUAAAACCAUCGGUAGCACCUACAUGGCAGCAUCUGGUCUGAACGCUGCUCUAGGCCAGGAGGGCUUGCAGGACUGUGAGCGGAAUUAUGCCCAUGUCGGGGUGAUGGUGGAGUUUGCGGUGGCCCUGAUGGGGAAGCUGGACUUUAUUAAUAAGCACUCCUUCAAUGAUUUCAAGCUCCGGGUUGGCAUAAACCAUGGGCCAGUCGUUGCCGGAGUGAUUGGUGCCCAGAAACCCCAGUAUGACAUCUGGGGCAACAGUGUUAAUGUGGCGAGUAGGAUGGACACCACAGGGAUCUUGGGCAGGAUACAGGUGACAGAGGAGACCUGCAGGGUCCUACGCCGCCUGGGCUACAGCUGCCAGAACCGUGGGCUGAUCAAGGUCAAGGGCAAGGGUGACCUCCGAACCUACUUCGUCGCCACCGAUUUGUCCCGCUCCAGUUCCCAGGGCAACGUGCUGAACUGACUGUUCCCCCAUCCUCACUACCCCCCCUGGCUCCCCCACCCCCGGCAUCCUGUCGCACUCACUGCCCCCGCUGACCCGAGACGGACUCGCCUCGCAGCGGUAAACAUCAGCAGCUGUUGGGACGGAGGAGAGCGGAGGGGGAAGGAGACGAGGGGAGAGAAAAGGAGGCGAGCGGAGUUGAAAGCGUGGUGGCUGUCGGUAGGAAGCCUUCGAACGUUUGUGGUCCCACCUGGAUUUUCAGAGCAGCAGGGGGCUUGGUGGCAUGUCCCUGGCUUCUCCAGCCCCAGCAACAUCUUAGAGCAAAGCAGAAUUGUUUCGUCUAACUGGGUGCUCUUGUAGCUACUGUGCACUGUAUCUGUAUGCUGGUUUGACGCAGUGUGUGUGUGUGUGUGUGUGUGUGUGAUACUUGGAAGCAUCCGUGUGUGGCCAGCGUUGCGCCCGAUGGGUCAUGCCUGUUUGCAUCCAACCCAAAUCCCUGGAAGUGUGUGAUGAGACGGUGCCUCACCCUGGGUCUAACCCUGCCCAAGGAAACGUGUGAUGGGACGGUGAGGAGGAAGCCUCACUCUGUGCCUGACCCCAUCCCCGCUGAAGGAGAAGAACAUACUGGAAUGAACAAAAUAAUCCUCCCUCCAACCGCGAGCUGCUCUGAACUCUUUGCAUCUCAUUUGAAAGAAUCUCGUAUCCACCCUGUAUGGGAUGAUCACUCUGCAUGUGUUUACCCGGUCUCUUGAUACCAGCAGGCCGUUAUUAUGUGUUAUUGUGCAAUAAAAUAGUUCCGUUU